AUUUUGUUGCAGGUGUCCUACCAAAAAAAAGAACCAUCUCCGACCGUUUGUCUUCGGCUAGAACCACCAAAUGACACUCUUCACAAGCACCCUUAGUGAACCAGAAUACCCCUCGACCACCUAAUCAAAACUUCCCAGGGCAUUUCUCAUACCAAUCGGUAGCUGAAUCAUCAUAAGGACAUUAACCCAAAGCAUUUCCGAAAUGAUCCUGUUCAAAAGGCGAUUUACUUCGCCGGAUUGUCCUUGUACCUAGACAAGCAGGACAAAUUUUAUAAUGUGGUACUUUUCGCAGCUGGAAAAUCGAUGAGCCAAUAUGGUUGCUAGGGUCGUGGGAAAGUUACAAGAAUAAAUUUCAACGAAUCUGUCCCCCCAUCAUGUUGGAUGGUAGUUCUGUCUCUCCAAACGUCACCAACCAAUCUUCCCCCAUCACCAUAUGGCCGAUAUCCCUAGCUAACCCCAACGAUAGUGACUUCGAGUCUUGCAUCAACAAUGACACAGAAGUCAUCAACUCCUUCAGAUUCAUCACCAACGGACUGCUCAUCAAUCUAGUAGGCUUGCUUGGUGUCCUAGGCAACAUCAUCUCCAUGAUCAUCCUCUCCAGGCCUCAAAUGCGAUCCAGCAUCAACUACCUCCUGAUCGGUCUGGCAAGAAUCGACACCGUGCUCAUAGUAACAAGCAUGUUACUAUUCGGGUUACCUGGGAUAUACCCUUACAGUAGCUACAUGUUCAACUAUUACUACGUGGUUUACCCUCAUAUAACCCCAGUGGUGUUCCCUCUAGCCACGGUAGCUCAAACUGCGUCUGUUUACUUGACCUUGGUGGUGUCUUUGGAACGCUUUGUCGCUGUUUGUCACCCUUUAAGGGCGAAAUCCCUGUGCACUUAUGGAAGGGCGCGGAUUUACGUGAUAGCUAUCAUAGCUUUUUCGGCGGCUUACAAUCUGCCGAGGCUGUGGGAGGCUGCCAUUCAGAAGGAAUGGAGCUCGGUGCACAAUGAGACAGUUUAUUGUCCCCAGUCUACGCCGUUCAGGGAUGAUCCUGCUUACAGGGCGAUCUACAUUCAUUGGCUGUACCUGAUUUGCAUGUACCUGUUGCCGUUCGGGAUGUUGGCUGUGUUGAAUGCGUCGAUUUAUAGACAGGUCCUGAGAGCAAACAAGGAACGCCAACGCCUAUCCAGACACCAGAAAAGAGAAAUCGGUCUGGCCACCAUGCUCCUAGGUGUCGUCGUCGUCUUCUUCAUCUGCAACAUCCUUCCGCUGGUCAUCAACAUCAUCGAAACCUUCGAACUGCGCAUCAGAUUCGACCUCAUCUACCUCAUACACACCAGCAACCUUUUGGUCACCAUCAACUCCAGUGUGAAUUUUCUCAUCUACGUCAUUUUUGGGGAGAAGUUCAAGAGCCGCAACGGAGGUUCGAUCGGGUUCCGAACCGCAGAGGGUUCCUUCCGGAACCUGCCGAACAGGACCAGUACCCGCCCUUACAAGAGUUGCGUCGCGACGCCAUGCGUCUACUAUUCGACGCAUCGCCCUGCCAAAGAAACGCAAACAGUGCCAGCUGUGUAA